GAACAACUCAGGCUGGCCGACAGAUUGUCCAGCUUUGCCCCCUACGCAUCAUCUUCUGCCGACUUUUCUUCCAACGACUUUCAAGUGGGACAGACUUCUGGUCUAUCCGGUCAGAGAACUAGUUACGGUCAGGGCGUCUCCAGCCUGAUAGAGCCCUCUGUGGAGGCAUCGGUGCGCUGGCCAUCGGCCCUCUGCAGCUCGCCUGUCCAAUGGUCAAAUUGCGGUGGCAGAAUCAACUCGUUGAAUGCAGGCUACUCAUCCUCCUCCACAUCUUCCGUAUGUGCGUUGGGGAAAACCGAACAUGUCCUCGGCCCCAGGGCACUCACAAAGUCUUUGAGCGUUUGCAGCAGUGCAAAUUCUAGCAGCAGUGAGUGUUGCAAUUUGAGCCGACCCCUCGUUACAACAGCCCCCAGUUUCCGGAAUGCGUUAAACGCCUCGUCUGAUGGCAAUUUGGUCGGUGGGGUCAAUCAGGCGAUUUCGACAACCUCCACAAGCCAAGCAUAUUCCUUCUCCAAAAAGGGGCAAGCCGAUCUGGUAGGAUGA